AGGGGGAUAAUCGGUAUCGCGCAUUACACAAAUCUAACCUCGUUCUUCCACUGUUCCAAACACAUCGUACAUGUAGGUAGGAAUUGCCAGUCAUCCAGUAUAGAUUUAGCGUGUUUUAAAUUAAACUUAAAUCAUAUCGAUUUUCUUAAUGCCAUAUCAAGAUCAAUGGAUCAUCAGAAUAGUUUUACUUAUCUGGUGGCGGUGAUGGGACUAAUUUGGGUUAUUUCAAUUCUUAGCAACACAAGGAUGAAUUUGAUUUUUUUUUUUCAAGUAGUGACAAAGAAUUAAUACAUAAAAUAAUAUUGAACUAAUAAUUUCGUACGGAAGCUAUGAGGGUGUCGAAAUAUGACCAUUAAAAACUCGGAGCAUUUGACCGAAAAAGAGACGUCCCUCUACAUUAAAAUCGGUGUGUAAUUCCUUCUUGAUGAUUUAUAUGGAAGUAAAGAUUCUUAAAAACUUCCUAUUCACUUGACUUACUCAUUUUAAAUAUGUCCAUAAAGCAGAUAUCUCCUUAAACUAGCUCUUAAUGGUGAAUUGUGAAUCAGCCAGCAUCCUGCUGAAUAAUAGUUAUAAAACGGAUACGGCUCAAUGAGAUUAUAUAUACACGUACCCACAAUUACCGAAGAGGAGGGCUGAUAAGAUCUAGAGAGCACGACAUGGGCAGCUUCAUCGGACAUGCUUAUCCGGGCUCUGUUUUCAUCAUCAUGGCUCUGUGGUGGACUGUGCAGAUGCUGCAAAAGUACUUCCGGUGUAGAAAGUUUGGAAUAGAGUAUGUAGCGACUGUAUCCCACACAAUUCAUGCUCUGCCUAAAGUACCAAUUGAACCGAUAUUCAAAAUAUCCUUGAUCACGUUCGGAAUCAUCGGUGAAAUUAUUCAAGGACAUUACAAUAACGAAUUCGCGCCCAAAAAUUGGCACCAUGCCACAAUGUUUACAUUUUUCGGAAUAUCCGGUUUGCUGGACAUGUUGAUUCAUUACAAUUUCAAGCUUCCGAAAAACGUUGACUAUGCAAUUUUCAUACUUUCCAUUGCAGUUGAAGGAUUUCUUUUUUAUUGGCACGUGCACGGCAGACAACCUGUUGACGUGAGCGUGCAUAAAUUGCUGGUGUUUGCCAUCUUCCUAGCAUUUUGUGCAUCCUUUGCGGAGAUGUGUUUUCCUAGCAACAUCUUAGCUUCGCUUGCACGUCCUUUCUUCUUUUUCCUGAAAGGAACAUGGUUUUGGCAGAUCGGUUUCACGUUGUAUGGGCCAUUUCCGGUGGCAAGUGGUGACGACCAUGAUCAGAUGAUGAUAGCUGUAUAUUUCACAUGGCACAUUUCCGUCAUAUUCCUCUUCAUGUUCGCUUUAGGUAUAGUCAUUUUUUCAGUACAAAAUCACAGCAAGCACGACAGUGGAUAUGCAAUAGUGUCUUGCAGCGAAGAAAAAAUUGGACUUGUUGAAAAUGGUAUCUCGGAGAAGAAUAGCACGGAGUUUUCAUGAAAGUUGCAGAGUUAAGUUUGUAUUGAAUAUCUAUGCAUGUAUAUCCCACCCACACCCUUUAUACUGGAUAUUUUUUGUCUGAGGUUAAAAAAAAAUCAAAACAAUACUUCAAACUAAAUCUACAUGUAAAUCUAUUUUUGCUUUACAAGGAUGAAAAAGAAAAGAAUUAAUUUUCUGGAUGAACUGAUACGUAUUCUGUGUUGUGUGUAUUGAUUUAUGGAAAAGAUUCGCAGUAUUUGGAAGCAGCCACUACUCUUAAUUCCACCCUUCUUCACGGAUUAUAGUGAACUGUUACUAUGUACUUCAAAAUGUGUGACUUGAAAAUCUUUGGGGGGAAAAACAUUGCAUGUAUAAUUCAUUGAUUCGAUGCUUGUGUUUUCUGUUUCAAUACAUGUACGUUUAUGUAACAAAUUUAAUAUCUUGUUAAUGAAUAUUUUUGGCUUGUUGUUUAUGAUAAAGGAUUUCAGGAAAGAGUU